GCUGGUUUUGACCGAGAAGCACACAAGUUCCUGACCUUUUUUGCCGUCAACUUCCUGAACCACUACAUCGCCGUCACCUGCGCCAUGGCAUGCAUUUCUGCGAUUCGGAAUUUCCCCGGAGCAAGUCUGCUUGCCAACUUGAACUACACGCUCCAGAGCAUGGCCUGCGGCUUCUUCAUCCAGCCCAACACGAUCCCUGUCUACGUCCGCUGGCUGAAAUGGAUCACUUAUACGUUUUACGUCUUUGGCUCCCUGUGCGGCAACGAGUUCGAAGGCAGCUUCUACGACUGUCCCACUAGCAACAACCCCAACGAUCCAAACUGUCGACCGUACACGGGUGCCUUCAUCAUGGACGCGCUGGGAUUCCCGAGAAACUGGGUUUGGAAGCCCAUAGUCGCUCAGGUGGCAUUUGUCAUCUUCUUCUACGGCGCUGCUGGUCUCGGGCUGCGGUUCCUCAAGGCGGAGAUGACCAUCGCUCGGUCUCGUACCAGCGAGACGGAUUUGUCGUUUGGCAAGGAGAAGAUGAACGCGCGGUCCAUCGCCGAGGUCAGGGCCAUCGAUGUCGGGCUGGACGAUUUCACGCUCAACCUCGAGAAGAAGACGGCCUUGGGCAGGAAGCUCCCGACCAAGGUCAUUCUCAACCCCGUCACCACGACCUUCAGGUCGGGGCAGAUCAACGUCAUCAUGGGCCCCUCCGGGUCUGGCAAAACCUCGCUGCUCAACGCCAUGGCUCUUCGACUCCGCAACACCAUCGGCACAAAGUACCGACGCUCGGGCAAGCUCUCGUUCAACGGCGCCGAGCCCUCCGAUGCCGUCAUUCGGUCUUGCUGCUCCUACGUCUCUCAAGACGACGACGCCCUCUUGCCCAGCCUGACGGUGCGCGAAACUCUGCGGUUUUCUGCCGGCCUGAGGCUCCCGUCGUGGAUGAGCAGAGAGGAGAAGAACAAGCGCGCGGAGGAGGUGCUGCUCAAGAUGGGCCUCAAGGACUGCGCCGACAACCUCGUGGGCAACGAUCUCAUCAAGGGCAUCAGCGGUGGAGAGAAGCGGCGCGUCACCAUCGCCAUCCAGAUCCUCACCGACCCUCGCGUCCUUUUGCUCGACGAGCCAACCAGCGGCCUGGAUGCCUUUACGACCCUGUCGCUGAUGGAGCUGUUUGCCGGACUGGCCAGCGAAGGGAGGACCUUGAUCCUGACCAUCCACCAGGCUCGGUCCGACCUCUUCCAGCAGUUUGGCAACGUUCUGCUGCUGGCCCGCGGUGGCUCUCCCGUCUACUCGGGCCCGGCGGCGCAGAUGGUGGAGUAUUUUGCCCGCCAUGGAUACCGCUGCCCGGUCAACAACAACCCGGCCGACUAUGCUCUCGAUCUCAUCACCAUCGACCUGCAGCACGCCGAGAGGGAAGCCGCCAGCAGAGAAAAGGUCCAGAGGCUGGUUGAGGGAUGGAAGACGUUCGCCGAGGAGCAAACGCGAAGACGGCUGGAGCAGGAAGACAAGGAAAAGGCAAAGGCAGGCGGAGGCGGCACCACUGCCAGCGGUGUUCUCGCCCCGUAUCCGACCAGGCUGUCAGACAUUCGCGAAGCCGAGGAGCCAAGAUCCCCCUCCGAGUCUGGUGCGCCGCCUCCUUCGGGCCAGCAGCCAGGCGCCCGACCAGACCCAGACCCGGCUUUGUUCUCAACCACCUCGCACCGCCGCUCUUUUCACAAAUCCAAGCUUGCCACGCCGGCCGAGCUGGGUGCCAUGGUGCGCAAGCGAGCGAGCUUCUUCACGGCCUUUCCGAUCCUGCUGCACCGCGCCACCAUCAACUUUCGCCGGCAGCCGCCGCUGAUGGUCGCCCGCAUGAUGCAGGUGCUCGGUCUCGGCAUCAUCCUGACGCUCUUCUUCGCGCCGCUCAAGUCGGACUACUAUUCCGUCCAGAACCGGGCCGGCUUCGUGCAGGAGAUUGCCGCCUUCUACUUUGUCGGGAUGCUGCAGAACGUCGCCGUCUACCCGGCCGAGCGGAACUGCUUCUACUCGGAAGACGACGACGGCGUCUACAGCGUCGAGGCCUUCCUGGCCACCUACACGCUCCUGGAGCUGCCCUUUGAGCUCCUCAGCUGCAUGUUGUUUGGCGUGCUUGCCGUCUUUGCCGUCGGCCUGCCGCACACGGCCGAGAUUUAUUUUGUCUGCACCUUUGUCUGCUUUGGGAUUGUGAGCUGCGGCGAGAGCCUGGGCAUGAUGUUCAACACUUUGUUUUCCAACCACACCGGGUUCGCCAUGACUUUGACCAGCGUUUUCCUCAGCAUCUCAAACGCUAUGGGAGGAAUCAUGUCCAUCGACAUGCCCGAGAUUUAUGACGCCUUCAACCACAUCAGCCCCGUCCGCUUCGCCGUCUUGGCACUGGCGCCCCACACGCUCAGGGGCGUCCAGUUCUCGUGCGAGGCCUCACAGCGUCUUCCCAACGGACGAUGCAUCAUCUCGACGGGCGAGGACGUCUUGGAUCUGUACAAGCUCAACGUCAACGGCACGUUGAAUCUCGGACUGUUGAUGGUUCUUGCGUUUGCGUAUCGCGUUGUGGCAUGGGCUCUGCUGAGGGCUGUGAGGACCAAGUGGAAAUGA